AUGAGAAACAAUGACGACGAUUCAUCUAAUGGCAAAGAUACCGAAAAAGAAGGAUCCCUAUCCGACUGGGUGUCGGGCGGUCCCGUGGGAUCCAAAGCGGCCGUACUGGUCUUCCGAUCAUGUGUCCUCGCCUCCAGAACACCCUCCAUGGAAUCCACAACAAAAACAGUCGGCAACAAUACAGGCACAACGAUACUCCUUAACAAAGCGAAGAAUAUGGCGAAAAGACUCGUAGCCGAGCCGCAUUCGUUCAGCGUCCGACCAAAAACAAUAAUGCACGAUGUGAUGGAGACAUUUGGUAAUAACACAAAGUAUACGGGUCAGGCGUAUGUGGUCAAACAUAUUAGUGAAGCGGAAAUGCCAAUAACAGAGUCUAUAGAGGAGCAAGGGCAUGAAGCAGUCGAACAUAAGAGAGAUAUAGAUGAUGUACUCAAUGAUCUCAGUAAAAUAACCCUAAAGAAACAUUUAAAUAUAGAAAAUACGACAGCUAAUAUUAAACCGCCAGAACCUCCGCCAGUAACAAAAGAUGCCAAAGAUGAAAAGAAGGGAAAGAAAAACAAAGGCAAAGGAAAAAAGAAAAAUAUUCAAAGGACUGUAUCACCGAGUAUUGAUAGUGACGACUCGGAACAAAUGCUAGUCAAAGAAGUAGAUAGUAUUAAGGUAUUAGAAAGUAGUCAUAUGCCGGCCAGAAUUCUUAAGAUCACCUACAAAUUAGUUAAUACUGAGACCAAAUUGCUGCACCGGUUACUCCAAGCUCAUGGUCUUCAAGAAGCCUGUCCUGACGCCAAAGAGUUUAACCUGCUUUGGGCAGGACUGCAUCCUAAACCUGAUGUGCUGAGGUCUCUAUCUGCGUAUCAGAGAGUCAAUCAUUUUCCUAGGUCGUACGAACUAACACGCAAAGACAAAUUGUUCAAAAACAUAGAGAAAAUGCAAUACUUCCGAGGCCUAAAACACUUUGAUUUCAUCCCCACAACAUUCCUGAUGCCGGCCGAAUAUAAAGAACUGUGUACCACACAUUAUAGGACCAAGGGUCCGUGGAUUGUCAAACCUGCAGCCUCCAGUAGAGGGAGAGGAAUUUAUAUAGUUAAUACGCCAGAACAAAUACCAAAAGGCGAGAACGUGGUAGUAGCAAAGUACGUGGACAAACCGCUUCUGAUUGGUGGACACAAAUGUGACCUACGUCUGUAUGUGUGCGUUACGUCCAUAGACCCAUUGUUAAUAUAUCUGUAUGAAGAGGGCUUGGUGCGAUUCGCUACUGUGAAAUACGAUAAGACGAAUAAGAAUCUGUGGAAUCCUUGCAUGCAUUUGUGCAAUUAUAGUAUCAAUAAAUAUCAUACGGAUUAUAUCAAAUGUGACGAUCCAAAUGCAGGUAAUAUAGGCCACAAAUGGACGCUUUCUGCCCUUUUGCGCCAUUUACGUAAGCAAGGACGUAACACAGCUGCGUUAAUGGCCGCUAUAGAAGAUCUGGUCGUCAAAUCCAUUCUGUCAUCAGCACAGACUAUUACCGCCGCCGCUAGAGUUUUUGUGCCUAAUCUUUUUAACUGUUUUGAACUAUUUGGCUACGAUAUUUUAAUAGAUGACAUGCUUAAACCGUGGCUCUUAGAAAUUAAUUUAUCACCGAGCUUGGCCUGCGAAAGCCCCUUGGAUGCCAGAGUGAAAUCUGCCCUAUUGGCAGAUACACUGACUCUAGUAGGAUUACCGGCAGUGCCUAUGAGCAGGCAUGAGCAAUCGCCGCAGAACAACUCCCUCAAGAUGAGGAUCGGAGCCUGCCGCCGUGUCCACUCAGCAGAAAACGUGUUCGUACGUGGAAAACCUCAAACCCAGGCGGAGAAAGGAAUCGCUAACCUCUUAACGGGCGAAGAAUUGCGCAUAGUACGAGCUGUUCGUGCCCAAUACGCCCGGCGUGGGGGAUUCGUCAGAAUAUUCCCUAGUCAGAACUCUUGGCAGAAGUAUUCGCAGUAUUUGGAUCCUGUAACCGGUAUCCCGAUUUGUUCUACGUCCCUAAAUAAUAACAUCCCCUAUACAGUGGUACACAAUUACAACUUGUUGGUACAUUCCCACGUGUUACCGCAUUUCCAGCACGCGCAAGCUGCGACUAGCCUUACGGACACACCGCAGAGAUUAAAACGUUACGAGGCUGUAUGCAUCGCGGGUGCGGCGCCGGCAGUUCAGAUAAACUCCCCUGGUGAGGCAACCGCGCCUCCAAGGGACGCCAAAAGAGCCAAAGAACUCAUCAAGACCCAACUCACUGACGGGAUGAAGUUGACUAUGGGCGAAGGCCGUCGCGCCUUUGGCCUAUACCUGACCCACGUGCUCAAGCGCAUAUCGUCUCCGAGCAACGAAAUGGCGGUGCAACACGCAGCCCUGGUCCUCCGAUUCCUCAGAAGAGCUUCGGCCUCUCUGCGAAUGCCUUAUAAUGUAAAGGGUCCCCCUGCAAAGAUGUGUGACAAGGACAGAUGUGCGAUCAUCGCGAAGCAGCUCAACGAUUUCCUGUACAUGUACUAUCGGGAGACGGAUUUAUAUACAGACAGCAACGACAGAGAUGGAUGCGUGUCGAAUAUACACUUCGCACAUUUCUUGUAUGCCGCUAGUGAGGCCGAUUUAGAGGACGUAUUACUUUUGGUCCUUCGAUCGGAUAAUUGGGUGGCGACGUUCUUAGGCGAUACUAGAAGUGCAUUGUGCGUUGACGCGCCACCCGCGAGAUUGGCGCAUACAAGCAAACAUACAUUGUUGAAGCAUUUGGCUGCGGUCGCGCCUAUCAAUUGUAGAAAAUACAGGCCUACCAUGGACUCGUUGAGUCGUUCGGAGUCGUCCAGCGUCGCUCAAGAGUCGGAUUCGUCCCCCCCUCCGCCCCCAUACACCACUUCGGACAUCGUACUUAAAGAGUCGCUCAAGGAAGAGAAGCCGCUCAAAGUGGCACUUAAGUACGCGAGAUCAUAG